GCACGGCGCGGUGCGGCGGCGGCGCGGCGCGGCGGUGCGGGCUUUUCCCAGGCGCCCCGGGGUCGGGUGGCACUGAGCGCGACCGGCUCGCGGCGGCGGUGGCGGCGUGCGUGCCAGGGGCUGGGGGCUCCGCCGCUUCACCCGCGGCUCACCGGGCUCCGCGCUUCCCUCUCUCCAGGGCAGGCGGCUUCGCGGAGUUUUCAGGUGGCGAAACUGACUGGUCUGGUUAGAGCGCGUCCAAACCAAGCCGCAGUACUCUUUGGAUUUUUAAAUUUCUCCUUCUGAGUGAGAAAAUAGCAAUCGAGAUGGAGCCAUCCGCACAACAGCUCCAGCUGCCAGCAUCACCUCCCACCAAUUUAUCCAACUUCUGCCAAGGCUCUGAAAUGCCAACUAUGUCGAGACCUGCACUUGAUGUCAAAGGUGGCACCUCACCUGUGAAGGAGGAUGCCAACCAAGAGAUGAGCUCCCUGGCCUACUCUAACCUGGGGAUGAAAGAUCGCAAAGCAGUGGCCAUUCUGCACUACCCCGGGGUAGCCUCGAAUGGAACCAAGGCCAGUGGGGCUCCCACUAGUUCCUCGGGAUCUCCAUCUCCAAUAGGCUCUCCUACCGCCACCCCUCCCACUAAACCCCCACCCUUCAACCUGCACCCUGCCCCUCACCUGCUGGCCAGUAUGCAGCUGCAGAAACUUAAUAGCCAGUAUCAUGGGAUGUCCGCCGCCACUCCGGGCCAACCCGGGGAGGCAGGGCCCCUGCAAAACUGGGGCUUUGGGGCUCAGGUGGGAGGGGCGGGGUCACUCUCUCCUUCUACCGGUGCCCAGAGCCCUGCUAUCAUUGAUUCGGACCCAGUGGAUGAAGAGGUGCUGAUGUCGCUGGUGGUAGAACUGGGACUGGACCGAGCGAAUGAGCUUCCGGAGCUGUGGCUGGGGCAGAAUGAGUUUGACUUCACUGCGGACUUUCCAUCUGGCUGCUGAUGCCAACAGUCCCUAAAGAUGGAGGAAUAAAGCCACCAAUUCUGUUGUAAAUAAAAAUAAAAGUUACUUACAGAG